AAAACAUAAGCGCAGACAAAGGUGAGUAGAGUUGCCCUCAUCUCUUUUAAGGUCUUGACUCUUCGAGAAUCUGAGAUCGAGAGAGAGAGAGAGAGAGACAGAAGCUUCUAUACACAAAGAGUCAGGUGAGGUGACCCAGUAGGCUUCUCUGUGCUCUGAGCUGUCGUUUGACUUGUCCAUAUAUUGCUAUGGCGGAAGAGGAACCUGUUGAUCAGAAGAAAUAUUAUGAAGAGCUUUGCAAGCCUAAGUGUGUGAAGCCAUUACUUGAAUAUCAGGCAUGUGUUAAGAGGAUCCAGGGAGAUGAAAGUGGGCACAAGCAUUGCACUGGACAAUAUUUUGAUUACUGGUCUUGUGUUGACAAAUGUGCGGCACCAAAGAUAUUCUCAAAACUGAAGUAAUGGGGGGAGAUGAUUUUGCAGCAUCUUAAUUUGCAUUUCUACUUUCAAAUCGUAAUAACUGCUUCUGAACAUUUAAUCUGUUCUGUAAACUAGGAAUGCCUAUAUGGUUUUCUUCAUGAGGACUUUUGCAUUUUUUUAGCUAUGGAGACCUUGAGUUGUGGUCAAUAAAAAAGAAUACCGUGCAUUAGAUUUGGCCAA